AUGUCGUCUAUGUCGUCUACUUCAUUGAUACGUACCAUCAAGAACAUAUAUCUUUCUGGGAUCAAGAGAGCUGCAUGGCAGAUUGCUUUCCUCAAUGAUACCAAGCCUGGAGGAACAUUGGUAGGAACUGAUGAUUUCGGCAACAAGUUCUACGAAACCGACUCACCUUCUGAAAUCCACUUGAGAACAAGAUGGGUAGAAUAUGCCAACGGAUGGACUGUUGAUAUGUCCAAAGUUGAGCCCGGAUGGCACUAUUGGCUAGGUUAUGGUACUAAUACUCCACCAAAUGCUUUACCUGAAGAAUUGAAAGCUCAAAGAGCCUAUCCAGUACUUAAGCACAAGGAGAACUUCACUGGUACAAGUGGAGCUUAUGUUUCAUAUAAUACUGCUAAACCUAAAUGUUCAGCUUGGGAACCUAAAGUGGCUGAAAGAGUAUGA